UUCUCACAAACCCCGCUUCCACCAUUUCUUCCUGCUGGGUAACGAGACCCGCACCCAGCUGUCCACCCGUCGUGGGCUCUGGAGAGAAGGUGGGCCGGGAACUGGAUACAGGGGAGUCGGGACUAGAUUUUCGGCCGCAUCUGCUGAAGACUAUCGCGAUCGCCGCCCCGAGGGUGGAAUAAGGGUGGCCACAGGCAGGCAGGUACCCGUGGCGAUUCGGUCCUGCGUUCGGUUCCUCGAGAGAGCCGGAGCUGCAGUGGUGAGCAUAGAUACUAGUGGCGCGUAAUGCGGUCACGUCGCCAUCGCCUUUUCUCCAUUUUGAACCCUUCUGGGAUGGAGCCUGCAUCCGAGACAUCCUUGGCUUCCCGCGAGCGUGUUCUCAACUCUCGUUUGCUGUUUUAUUAGAACUUAUUUUUCUCUUUGUAUUAUCUUGGCGUUCCCAACCAAGCAACUGCAGACGAAUCUUUACAAGAAGAAUAUUUUAUUAGUGGCAAAAGACCAUUUCGAAGUGAACUUGUCUGUCCUCCAGACAUACAACAGUGAAAUUCCUGUUUCAGCAAAUACAGCCAUUGUGGUGUCUGCUGUUGACUCUCUUCCUCGCCAUGUCUUCUCACAAGACUUUCAGGAUCAAGCGAUUCCUGGCCAAGAAACAAAAGCAGAAUCGUCCCAUUCCCCAGUGGAUUCGGAUGAAAACUGGUAAUAAAAUCCGGUACAACUCUAAGAGGAGACACUGGAGAAGAACUAAGCUGGGUCUUUAAGGAGUCACACAUAAGAUGGCACACUUAUUUAUGCUGUAUCAAAGUCACAUGCUCUUACCAUCUCACUCUGUAAACACUGUUAGUAUCUGGGAAAUUGGGUGUGUUUUAUUGGGGAAAUUAUUUUUUUUGUUUCUAUGCUUCUUCACUAUUCUGUUUAUUCAAUAAUAAAUACGUGAAACCUUUUGCAUGAAAAAAAAA